UAGGAACCCCUCUAAACAGAAUUGAAAUUCCGCGACUGCCUACGCAUGCAUGUAAUCUGCGCUUUGAUUGGUUGCAUACUCUUGAGGUGACCAAUCAAACGGCCCGUUAUUCAAAUACCGGCAUUUUGCAUGACGUCAGAUUUGGAAGCCAUGUUGUAUAAAGGUUGAUCACCUGUACUGUGUCGUGUGUGAUCACACACUGGAAAAGCUUUUAUUACGAAGUCGCUAAAAUAUACCGAAACUAGGUGGCAUUUGUUCAAGAAAGUAGAACAAAAAAUACAGAUUAUAGGUAGUAACUUUUUUUUAAAAACAAAAAUGUUUCUUUGGGAUUGGUUUGCGGGAAUGCUGAGUUUUUUAGGUUUAUAUAAAAAAUCUGGAAAAUUAGUCUUCUUAGGAUUAGACAACGCUGGUAAAACAACGUUAUUACAUAUGUUAAAAGAUGACAGAAUGGCACAACACGUUCCAACAUUACAUCCAACCUCAGAAGAAUUAGUUAUGGGUGGUAUGAGAUUCACAACAUUUGAUCUUGGUGGCCAUCAACAAGCAAGACGUGUUUGGAAAGAUUACCUUCCAGCAAUUGAAGGAAUUGUCUUUCUUAUUGACGCUGCAGAUAGGGAAAGAUUUGUAGAAGCAAAGGAAGAACUUGAUAGUUUAAUGACAGAUGAACAAGUAGCCAAUGCACCAAUUCUUGCCCUCGGCAACAAAAUAGAUAAACCAGGGGCUGCUAGCGAAGAUGAACUUAGAACAGCAUUUGGACUUCAUGGACAAACAACAGGAAAGGGAAAUGUGCCAUUGAAAGAUUUACCAGGCCGCCCACUGGAAUUAUUUAUGUGCAGUGUUUUGAAGAGGCAAGGGUAUGGGGAGGGUUUUCGCUGGUUAGCACAGUAUAUUAAAUAAAUUUUGUAUCAAUACUAAUAAUGUAUUUGUAUGACCACAUACAUCCACAUCGUGACAAAUAGAUUUCUUCAGGGGAAAUGGGUUUUUUAACAUUCACAUUAAUAUUGAGGUAAUUUCAUUGUCAUGCCUUUCAAAUAAUUGCCAUAGAGGGCGCUGUACACUAUAUGCAAUUACAGUGCAGGGACUUGUGAUACAAUAUCAGCACUUUUUACAAAUAAGAAUGCAGUUGACAAAACUACCCCCUGGGAAAACCUUUGUUACUUGUUGGAUAAAUUUUAGUUUGCAAUCUGUUUAAUUCUGAAAGAACAGUGACUCUAGGGUAUGUGAAUUGUCCUUGUAUAUCGGAAGGCUGAAAACUGUUGGAAUGUAUUAAGUUUGAUUGGGUCAGUGAUAGUGUGAUAACAAUUAGUUGCCUUUUUGUAUAAAAUAUGCACAAAAAAAUAGACAAAAAAUGGUUAGAUUUCAAUAAAUUUUACUAGUGUAAUAUUUUUUUAGUAUGAAUUCAAGCACAGAAUGUAUUUCUCAACAAUAUAUGAUCUUAAAUAACAAAACUAGUUGUAAUCAGUAUGCCACUGUAUCAAAAAGUACAUUGUCAUCUGUGCAAUUGCAUUAUUUGGAGCUUUUUUUUGUUAUUCUAAACUCUUCUUACUGGUUAAUGAAUGAUAUAUGUGGGAAGAAUGACUAAUCUGCUAGUCUUCAUCUGGUUAAGUAAAAAAAAAACUUGUGCAAAUGUUCAACGAAAUAAUGGCUUGUAAAAAAAGUCUUUUGGAAUAGUAAUUUUCCACUGGUAACAUAACAUUUAAUCUGUAUUUGAUUUUUACUUCACUACAAAUAUCCUGAUAGAAUCAGCUGUUCCGGAUAUUUUGUGAACUUUAAAUAUGGUGUACCGGGGUAUACUAUAACUCAUUCCCCCCAGACUCUAGCCCAUCUAGUCAUUUCAAUUUUUAAUAAUGCCACCUGCUUCCAAGGCAUGCAUCAAUGUUUUGGUUGUGUGACCAGUAUUUUUGCUUGGGCCGGAUUAGCUUUGAAGUUUCAGGCAGACAAUCCUCUUUCCCUGGUUACCGGUACUACAAUGUUCAGAGCCAGUCUUAUGUCCUGGUUCUAGUUUCAGCUGAAAUGGUCUCCCCCCCAACCUAAGUGUUUUCAAUUUGAACACAGUAAAACCUGUCUUUUCUUCUUAACUUCAUUAGACAAUUUUCAUAAGUCUGGUAUCCUUCAGGUGAACUUGGAGGGGGGGGGGGGGAUGCUCUUCAGAGUUGGGCACAAUGAAGUUUUUCUUGCCUUUUACCAAGUCGAUCUGAAAGGGGCCAGAAUUAUCCUUGGUAAAUUGGUGUUUGGUUUCACUGUGCUACUGUCCAAUAUCUAUAUGCAACAGUAAGCAUGUUAAAUUUCAACUUCAUCUGCCUUAACUGAAUAAACUAAGAAAUUGUGUUUUUUGAACUUCCAAGAUUGUUUCAAGUGUUUCUUUAAUGUACAAGGAUGUGUGGCGUUUACGCGUGAUUAAAGAAUUAUACCAGGACAAUA